GAUUUAAUUUCUUAGUUAACUUACUAAUAUCCUUAAUUUCUAGGUCUUUGGUUUAAGGGCAUAACAGGGACACUCAAUUUCUACACUACAUUUUUCAAUAUUCUGAGAGGCUAGCAAAAAAGAUGGAAGCAGAUAAUAAUGGGGUGCUACCAAACUACAUAAUGAAGAUUGUAAAUUCUUUCAUUUUUCUUAUAUGCCGACAGAAGAAGACUUGGACAAGAUAAUUUAGAUUGUCCAAGCAUAGAAGAGAUUGACGAAAAUGUCAAAAGGAUUGCGACUGCACUGGUGGGAUCCAUCGAAAAUAGUUGUCCUCUUCGGGAAAGGAAAUCAGUCCAAAAAAAAACCAAGAUGACCGGGGAGAUUCGCAAUAUUAAGAAAGAGGUCAACGGAGGACAUGUUGAGGCUUUUGAUGAAAACCCAUUUUCCACAGGAUACGACGGGACGCACGGAGACACCGGACUCUUGGAAUAAUUACGUUGAUCGAAGGUGUAUGAUAACGGAAUUUAUGGUGAAGGAAUCCUUGAGGAGCUUCAAACCAUUUAAGUCACCAUGGAAUAUUUCCGGCGUUACUACAGAGAGAGGCAGACUACCUGGCGCCUCGUCUGGCCAAAAUUUUCACAGCGUGCCUAGGACUUUCAUAUACUCCGAAAGCCUGGCAGGAAGCAAGGGUGGUGUUUAUACCUACGCGACAAGGCAAGUUAUGCGACACCAAAGGCCUACAGACCCAUAAGCCUUACGUCGUUUCUACUCAAAACCAUGGAAGGUAUUGUGGACACCAUGCAAACAGCAUGCCUAUAUCAAGGGAAGGUCGGUGGAGACUGUCCUGCACGAGGUUGUGCAUAAAAUAAAAUAAUCCUUCGAUGCCAAAACGUACACACUGGCGGUAUGCAUUGAUAUCGAGGGGGCUUUUAACAAUGUGCGGAGCGACACACUGAUCCAAUCCUUAGACCAGUACCGUGUGGACCCGGUCCUUAGAGACUGGAUAAACCAUAUGCUAAGGAACAGAUGGAUAAAUUGUGUGUCCAAUGGCAUAAAUACAAGGGAGAGGUUUGCACAGGGCACGCCACAGGGGGGCAUUUUAUCGCCACUCCUAUGGGUGACCACCAUAAAUGACGUAUUACGGAUGCUGCCUGAGGAGGGAUUUAAACCCGUCUGCUACGCAGAUGAUGUUAUAAUACUUCUAAGAGGUAAGGAUCCAAACGAGCUAUGCAGAAGGCCCGAAAGAGUCUUGGAUAUGGCAUAUGACUGGGCUAGACCCAGAGGUCUCAAUGUUAACCCAGAGAAGACUGAAAUAUGUCUGUUCACGAGGAAGGCGAAGGUGGGCGAAUUUUACGCCCCACGUACUGAGCGAACUGAGAAGACUCACAGAUAUUGGGCACUAUGUAGACGGGCCGUAGGCUCGAAAUGAUAGAAAACCUGGAAGGAAGGGGAGGGGUUUCCGUUCGGAAACCUGCCAUCGGCACAGUCAUGGAUUGACGGAACCCUAGUAUUGCCAUCUGGAAGAUCAUGUUACACGAAUGGAUAAAAGCUAGAGGACAGAGUGGGCCUGGGGUUUACAUUGAAAACUCAGGGACUGACAUCUGUUUUAGACUGCCUGACCAUAAUACGGUUCUGCAAGCGGCGAUCCGGGCGAUCACGGAAUGCGUGAAGUGGUGUGGUGCUAACGCGAGGACGUCGAGUGUGAACAUCUUUACCGACAUUAAAAUGGCCAUAAGGACAAUAACAACCAGGACGGUAAGGUCACGAACAGUCUUGCAGUGUAAGAAGGAGAUUAACGCCUUCUCUGGGUGCCGGGCCAUAACGGAGUAAGGGGAAAUGAAAGCGCAGACGAUUUGGCGGUGAAGGCCAGAGGACUGCCGUCAAUAAACUUGGUUAAUCCGAAUCCUUUCGGGUCAACGAAGUCCAAGUUAAGGGAGUGGGCGAUGAAUGCGCAUGCAACAUUGUGGAACAGCGAAAGGUCGGUAGGACGGCAAAAAUCCUAUGGGGGUAUCCAGAUCGUGAGAAGACUAGGCUAUUACUAAAAGGAAGCAAGAAGGAAGUCAGUAUAGCUAUUGGAAUCAUAACCGGACACAUAGUACUACGAUCUCACUUAUGUAAAAUCGGUGCGGCAAGUGAUAGCAUGUGUAGGGAAUCCGGGAAAGAUGAUGAGAUGUUGGAGCAUUUCCUUUGUCAUUGCCCGGCUUUCGCGUUCAACAGAUACCGGUACUUAGGUGGAGACACAAUAUCAGACAUUAACCAACUUAGGGGCGUGGCAUUGAAAACAAUUAUGGAUUUUCAAUUUAAGAACGGAUGGACAGUUUACCACGAAGCUGCAUCGAGAGGUGAUAUUCCUCGUUUGUUUAAGCUCAUUAAAAAUGGUGAAUAUGUAAUUCAAAAGAAUUAUAGUGAAGGUAAUACUCCACUGCAUGAAGCGGCAGUCAGAGGUUAUAGUCGGUGUGUUGUUCUAUUAUGUGAGAGUCUGCAACAUGUACAAAUCAGCCCCACUAUCAAUAUGAAGAAUAAUUACGGAUUUUCGGCACUACAUUUAGCAGCACAAAAUGGACACAAGCAAUGUUGUCGAGAGUUACUUUUAAGGGGCUCAAACCCUAAUAUUUGCAACUGUUAUGGUGAUACUCCUCUUCAUUCUGCAUCUCGAUACGGCCAUACAGGAGUAAUAAGAGUAUUGAUAUCUGCGUUAUGUGACAGAAACCUACAAAAUAAUAAUGGAGAUACAGCUUUACACAUUGCAUGCGCUAUGGGGAACCGCAAGUUGGUCAAAAUCUUAUUAAAGUCAAACUCUUCAAGAAGUAUAAUGAAUAUGCAAGGCUAUACACCGAUUGAUAUAACCAGACAAAAACAGUUUAAAGAAAUUGAACACCUUAUAAGAUCUUACAAAGAUAAAGAUAUAUCUGAAUGUGAAUUAUUAACAAUGAAAUCUAUCCGAUCCCCAUAUGGAUGUCAAACUGGGCCAAAUUUUGGACCAAUAUUUUUGUCCAAUGUGGAAUUAUUAUCUCAAAUAAAACUGCAAGAUGGCGAACAAUAUUAUUUCGACUUGGCCGGAACGGUACACAAAGGACCAAAAUCCUAUACAAAUAUAUGCUAUUGUGAUCCUUUAAUAGAUCAUAGCAAUAGAAAUUAAUUGAUACAUGCUAACAUAUUUUUUAAUUAUAUAAACACUUUUUAUUAAAUAUAUAAACAAACAUUUUAACUAGACGGUCCAAGAAAACUGUCGAUUCUAUUCAA